ACACUGAGAGGAGAAAUGGCACAGAAAGGAGUUCAGCUGGAUCGAGAAACCUUCUCUUGCUCCAUCUGUUUGGAUCUACUGAAGGAUCCGGUGACUACAGCCUGUGGUCACAGCUACUGCAUGAACUGUAUUAAAGGUUUCUGGGAUGAAGAGGACAGGAAGGGAAUCCACAGGUGCCCUCAGUGCAGGAAGACUUUCACACCGAGGCCUGUCCUGGAGAAAAACACCAUGUUAGCAGCUUUAGUGGAGCAGCUGAAGAAGACUGGACUCCAAGCUGCUCCAGCUGAUCACUGCUAUGCUGGACCUGAAGAUGUGGCCUGUGAUUUCUGCACUGGGAGGAAGCUGAAAGCCAUCAAGUCCUGUUUAUUCUGUCUUGCCUCUUACUGUGAGAAACACCUCCAACCUCACUAUGAUGCAGCUCCAUUUAAGAAACACAAGCUGGUGGCCCCCUCCAAGAAGCUCCAGGAGAACAUCUGCUCUCGUCAUGAUGAGGUGAUGAAGAUUUUCUGUCGUACUGAUCAGCAGAGUAUCUGUUAUCUCUGCUUGAUGGAUGAACAUAAAGGCCAUGAAACAGUCCCAGCUGCAGCAGAAAGGACUGAGAAGCAGAAGGAGCUCGAGGUGAGACGACUAAACAUCCAGCAGAGAAUCCAGGAGCGAGAGAAAGAUGUGAAGCUGCUUCAACAGGAGGUGGAGGCCAUCAAUGGCUCUGCUGAUAAAGCAGUGGAGGACAGUGAGAAGAUGUUCACUGAGCUGAUCCGUCUCAUCCAGAAAAGAAGCUCUGAUGUGAAGCAGCAGGUCAGAUCCCAGCAGGAAACUGAAGUGAGUCGAGUCAAAGAGCUUCAGGAGAAGCUGGAGCAGGAGAUCGCUGAGCUGAAGAGGAAAGACGGCGAGCUGGAGCAGCUCUCACACACAGAGGAUCACAACCAGUUUCUACACAACUACCCCUCACUGUCAGCACUCAGUGAGUCUACACACUCAUCCAGCAUCAAUAUUCGUCCUCUGAGGUACUUUGAGGAUGUGACAGCAGCUGUGUCAGAGACCAGAGAUAAACUACAGGACAUUCUGAGAGAGGAAUGGACAAACAUCUCACUGACAGUCACUGAAGUGGAUGUUUUACUGUCACCAACAGAGCCAAAGACCAGAGCUGGAUUCUUAAAAUAUUCACAUGAAAUCACACUGGAUCCAAACACAGCAAACACACAUCUGUUAUUAUCUGAGAGCAAUAGAAAAGUAACUGUAAUGAAGCAAAACCAAUCUUAUUCUGAUCAUCCAGACAGAUUCACUCACUAUUCUCAGGUCCUGAGUAGAGAGAGUCUGACUGGACGUUGUUACUGGGAGGUGGAGUGGAGAGGUGGAGCAGUUCGUGUAGCAGUCGCAUACAAGAAUGUCAGCAGAACAGGGAGGGGUGGUGAAUGUAUAUUUGGAAACAAUGACAGAUCUUGGGCAUUACUUUGUGACACAAACAGUUACAAAUUUCGACACAACAAAGUCCAAACUGUCCUCUCAGGUCCUCAGUCCUCCAGAGUAGGAGUGUACCUGGAUCACAGAGCAGGUAUUCUGUCUUUCUACAGCGUCUCUGAAACCAUGACUCUCCUCCACAGAGUCCAGACCACAUUCACUCAGCCGCUCUAUGCUGGACUUUAUAUUUGGGGAAAUGGAGACACUGCAGAGUUGAUUAAAGUCAAAUAGAGAAGACAGGUUCAUGUUGAUCCCUGACCAUUAUAUGUACUUGUGUAGUUUCUAAAUGAGGCUUUACAUUUUAGAAGCUGAGAAGUUCAGUGGUCCAUUGAUGUGUGAAAAUAAUAUUGCACUGAUUCAAA